CCGACCUCUCGCACUUUCUCUCUCUUCAUUCACAAGCAGCCUGUGUGGUUCUCUCUCUGCAAUUCUGCGCGCCUCAUCCUCUGCGAUUUUUUUUCCUUUUCGAUCCACUCAUCACUGCUACAAUGAGCGACCAGGGGGAUAAGAUGUGUCCUCUUUGUGCGGAGGAGAUGGAUUUGACAGAUCAGCAGUUGAAACCUUGCAAGUGCGGCUACGAGAUAUGUGUCUGGUGCUGGCAUCACAUAAUGGAUAUGGCUGAGAAGGAGAAUACAGAAGGGAAGUGUCCAGCAUGUCGCACUCCUUAUAACAAGGAAAAGAUUGUUGGCAUGGAAGCAAAAUGUGACAAGGUAGUGGCUGAGAUGAGCACUGAGAAAAGGUUGUCUUCUCGCAAGGGAAAAAGUAAAACAGCAGAUUCUAGGAAGCAACUUAGCAGUGUUCGAGUCGUUCAAAGAAAUCUUGUUUACAUUGUGGGGUUGCCUCUCAGUCUAGCUGAUGAAGAUCAGCUUCUACAGAGGAAAGAGUAUUUUUCUCAGUAUGGGAAGGUUAUGAAGGUGUCUAUAUCUCGUACAGCUGCUGGCACUAUUCAACAUUUUGCAAAUGAUACUUGUAGUGUAUAUAUUACCUAUUCAAAGGAGGAGGAAGCAAUUCUGUGUAUUCAAUCUGUACAUGGGUUUGUUUUGGAUGGUAGACCUCUAAGAGCUUGCUUUGGAACCACAAAAUACUGUCAUGCUUGGUUGAGAAAUGUGCCCUGUACCAAUCUUGAUUGUUUAUACUUGCACGAGGUUGGGUCGCAAGAGGAUAGCUUUAGUAAAGACGAAAUCAUAUCAGCUUACACAAGGAGUAGAGUUCAACAAAUUGCUGGUGCCAUUAAUAGUAUGCAGCGACGAUCAGGGAGUGUGUUACCGCCACCAACAGAGGAGUACUGCAGUAACAACUCUGCUUCUGCAGACAAACCUAUUAGUAAAAAUGCUGCAACUAAUUCAGCACCCAGUGUUAGAGGCUCCAGCUCCCCACCAAAUAGUAGCUCUGGUAGAUCUGCGGCUCUUCCUGCUGGAGCUUUAUGGGGAACACGUGCAUCAAAUAAUCAACACCCACCUGCCAGUGUACCAUGUUCUAAUGGAACACUUAAUAAGAAGCCUCAGAUGUGCAAUCCAACGGUAUUUUCUACAGCUGUUGAAAGCUUAAGUCAGGUUUCGUUACUGCCUGCCUAUGCAGGAAAGAAAGUAGUUCAUACUGAAGAAAGUGUAACUACUCAAGAGAGAGGAAAAAUAGAGACUUUAGAACCUGUUAAGCAGCAUGUAGGAGAAGAUCCUCAAACCUAUACUUCUGAGAACCCCACCAUUCCGGCACCUCUUGCUUCUUCAUCUAUGAACAGUCAGCUACAUAGUGUCCCGUCCAUGUCUGUGAAGGACAAAGAUAAACAAAUGAUACCAACCAGUAGUACAAAUGCCUUGGAUAUUUCUGUUAAGUCUAGUGGACCUGGUUUUACCAAAUAUUCCAAUGAUACCACAGAUGUUAAGAUCCAGAAUGUAUGCCUUGAUAUGUCGUCAUUGAGCAUUGGUAGACAUAAAAAAUCACAGGGCAACUGUAUUGAUCAAAAUAAGGAGUCCUCGCAAUCUGAAUUGACAGAGGAAUAUGCAACUUCUGCAGAUGAGAUUUGUAUCACAAGAGAGAAGUCUGACCUGAGAUUGGAUGCGCAGAGCAAAGUAACACAAGUUACUACUUCUGAAAUGGAGAAUGAUUUGCUAACCUUUAAUGAGCAGAGAUAUAGGGAUCCCGAAGUAGUUAUUGAGAAAGUCUAUUCACCAAAUCUUUCGCUUUCUUUGCACUCCCCAGAUCAGCCUAGCGGGUAUUCCUCUCAGCUGAUUAAUGGCGGUGGACCUGUUAGGGCCAAUAUGCAGUUAGACAGGAGAACUGAUUCAGUAUCACAGCCUUCUCGAGAAUCAUUGACUAAUGGAUACCUGGAGAAUGUAUUGAAUUGUGUGGCUGAUUUGCAUACUAUUGAUAGAAGUUAUUAUCCGUUGCCUGACGAGGGUAAGAGGAUGCAUGUGGAAAUGUUUCAAGGUGAAGCUCCUAGCGAGAACAGUAGUACUAAUGUAGAUAUUGGAGAGAGCAGUAUAAUAUCUAAUAUUUUGUCCCUGGAUUUUGAUCCUUGGAAUGAGUCAUUAACUUCUCCUCAGAACCUUGCCAAGUUGUUGGGAGAAACUGAUGACCAACAAGGGUCUGUUAGAGUGUCAAGCUCAAGAAAAUUAACCAGUAACCAAUCAAGAUUCUCUUUUGCAAGAGAAGAACCAACCACUAAUGCAUCAGCUGAUUAUCAACCAUCUCUUAAUUACAUUGAGCAAAGUUUCAAUCAUUAUCAUCAUGGUCAUGAUUUUCCUAAUAGCAGAAAUGAUCAUCUUGAUAAUAUUGGUACUCGUAAUGGUUUUUCCAUGGUUAAUAAUGAGGAAACAGUUGGUUUUGGCCACAGCUUUUCUCAUCUCUCUUCUAAUAAGCUAUCAGUGCCCAGACCUCAGAUGUCAGCACCUCCAGGGUUCUCAGCACCAAACAGAGCACCACCCCCGGGUUUUACUUCUCAUUUUGAGAGAAUGGAGCAGAAUUUUGAUUCUUUUCAUGCGAGUCACUUGCGUGAUACCUCUUCAUUGCACAAUCUACACCAGGCUCCUCAAGUUGGACAUGUGAGUAAUGGAGACAUUGAGUUUAUGGAUCCUGCUAUUCUGGCAGUUGGUAAAGGGUUUCCUAAUGGCCUUCAUCUCUCAAACUUGGACAUGUCUUCAAGUUGUCCUCCACAAUCAAAUACUUUACAAAAUGAGGGAAGGCUUCAAUUACUGAUGCAAAGAUCUCUAACUGCACAUCAGAACCAUAGUUUUGCUGAUACGAGGAACAUGUUUUCUGUGUUUGGUGAUGCUUAUGGAAUUUCUUCCCGGGGUGUGGAGCAAACUCUGGCCAACAAUCAAUACCCAUUUGAUGGAAUUUCUUCCAGGGGUCUGGAGCAAACUCUGGCCAACCAUCAAUCUCCAUUUUCACAGCUCACUCUUCCCCAGAGUAGGAACUCUGUCAUACCAAAUGACCACUGGGACAGCUGGAAUGGGGUUCAGAGUGGAAACAGUUUGGGUGCAGCGGAACUCCUCCGAACAGAAAAUUUGGGCUUUAACAAGUUCUUUACCGGAUAUGAGGAAUCAAAGAUUCAUAUUCCCAAUUCUGGCAAUUUGUAUAAUAGAACAUUCGGGAUGUAAUUUUGGAUCAGUGGUUCUUUUGAGCUGAGUAGCUAUUAAAGAAUCAAUGAACCAGAAUGAUCACGUGACUUAACUGAUUUGAUCUUAUGAUGUUCAAAUGACUAAGAGGACAUGAGGAAACACAACAGUCUUGCUCUCUGAAAGGCGAGGUUGGUUCACUCUGUCUGCAUGAAGUUGGCUUUCAGAUUGGUGAAGGAACAACCCUCCUAGAAAAAGGGUAUCCAAAAACCAACAGUUGAAAGAUGAGGUCGAGGCUCAACAUGGCGGUUUAGACACAACUUCAUGCUCGACUGAAUAGGCAGGUGUGAUUCUCCAGCCAGUGUUCUUGGAUGUGAGUGGAGAAUUUGGUCACAAAUACACAUUAGAAAAAGAUUAUUGAAAACAGCUCUUUUUUUUUCAAGAAAGCAAUAAUGCUGUAGCUUGUUUGCGGGAUUGCAAGUAAAAUUGGGAAAUGUUCAUGUUCCAACUAUGAGAUGGAUGAGAGAUUACUAGUGCAUU